AUGUUUAGAUUUGACCAAAAUGGCGGAACCCUGCGGCCAAAACUACCCAAUCUGAUAAAGAUCGAUGAUAUAACAUCGGGGAGAAUAGACCCAAAGCUCAUAUACGAGGAGAUAGAACGGCUAAAGGCCGAAAUCAACAUCCUCAGAAACGACAUGUCCUCCUUCCUAAAAGCGUUGGCGACGAUUCCAGAAAAUGGCUCCCAACAGGAGUACUACGGCACGGUCAUCCUACGGUUGCAGACAAUGCAACAGAGCAUAAACGAGUACUGCGAACGGUACAACAAGCUUUUGCCAAUCAUCAACUUGGCCCAGAUCAAGUUGGGGCACGAAGUCGAAGCGCCGGCGCCGGCGUUGAAGGGCAAGUUGACUCCAUCAAACCCGUCUACCACGAACAACACCCCCGUUAUGGGAAGCAAGACCACCCCGGUGCUCACCCCAGGAACUCCCAGCUUGGCCGGGACUAACUUUGCCACCAACUCGGCGUCGGCGUCGGCGCCUGGGCUCCUGGCGCCUACAAGCCAACAAGGAACUGCCAAUGGUUCCAGCAAGAAUUUGAAAAAACCGGCAAAGAAAGCAAUUUCACAAACUACAAAGACCGGUAAUGGAACGGCAGCUCUGCCGAUUGUUUUAUAA